CGUACAGAGCUCGCUCCCCCCCCCAUUUGUUGUAAUAAUAAUACCAGUAGUUGCAGUUGUUGUAGCCUCCGCCUCCGCCUCCGCCUCCUCCUCGUCGCCGCCGUCGAGACCGAGAAGAAGAAGAGAGAGAAACACAUAACGCACAUACUUUCUAGUGAGAGAAAGCUACACGCCGAAGGGAAGGGAGGAGAAAAGAUAGAGAGAGAGAGGCAGGGACGUUUUCGCCUUGGCGGGAUUCGGUGUCUCCGUCCCCACUCAUGCCCUAAAAUGUGGAGGAUAACGUGCGCCGUCCUUCUCCCCAAAUGCGCUUCUGAGAUGGAAAGCUUAGGUCAUAGUCCUGCUUGAGAUCACUGGUUGAGUGUUAGUGGCAGAUACAUAUAUUUCUCUUUCAGGCGUUGAAAUGGGCGGUAAUACUGAGGAAGUUAAUACUGAGAUUUUCCAGAGGCUUCAAUCAUCUUUUGGGAAGUCACAGCCUUCAGCAAUCUCCAACCAACAAUCCGGAUCAAUGAGCCAACUUGACAUUCCCCAGCUCAAUUCUUCCCAAUUUCAGGCUCAAAUGCGGCAGUUCUCUCCGAAUUUCUGUGCUGAAAACACAGGUAAAAGGGCUGGCAUCCCGCCUUCUCAUCCUCAAAUGCCCCCAAUCUCACCUUAUUCGCAGAUCCAGCAGGCAUCGCGUCCCUCAAAUCCACAAAUGGGUGUCCAAAAUUUCAACACUUCGAGCUCGGGACCUUCUCAUUCUCGAUCUUUAUCACAACCCUCAUUUUUCUCCCUUGAUUCAUUGCCACCCUUAAGCCCUUUGCCAUUUAGGGAAUCCCAUGUUUCUGACCACAUGUCUAACGAUGUAUCAAUGGGGGAGCGCGAUGCCAAUUCACAUUCUUUAUUGCCCCCCUCUCCUUUCACAAAGUCUAAUUCAUUGCGUGCAGCUGGGGAUGGUCAUAGUCUUCCUCCUCGUAAGUCACACAGACGGUCCAACAGUGAUAUACCUUUUGGGUUCUCCAAUAUAAUGCAAUCUUCGCCCCCACUUGUCCCCUUUGAUAGGUCACUGGCACUGCCCCCAAAAGAGAAUCUUGGUGGCAAGCCUGUGCAGUUGGUUAAACGGGAGACUAGUGGCAGCGAGAGCAACGGUGAAGGGAUGGGGGAGAGAAAAUCUGAAGGAGAAGUUGUUGAUGACCUUUUUUCUGCAUAUAUGAAUUUGGACACCAUAGACGCAUUGAACUCUUCAGGUGCUGAUGAGAAGCUGGGUAGUGAAAACCAUGAAGAUUUAGACAGUAGGGCCAGCGGUACAAAGACAAAUGGGGCUGAUAGCAGUGAUAAUGAAGCUACAAGCAGUGUGAAUGAAAGUGGAAAUAGUAUGCACAUAUCGGGAGUACCUUCUUCUUCAACUGAAAAGAGGGAGGGGGUUAAAAGGAAUGCAGUAGGAGACAUUGCACCAACAACCAGACAUUAUAGGAGUGUUUCCAUGGACAGUUUUAUGGGAAAUCUAAACUUCUCUGAUGUCUCACCGAAAUUGCCCCCAUCACCGGGGAAUCACCCUGGGAAUCUCUCACCCACCAAUUCACUUGAUUCAAAUUCAAACACAUUUAGUUUGGAGUUCGGGAAUGGUGAGUUUAGUGGUGCUGAACUGAAGAAGAUCAUGGCUAAUGAGAAACUGGCUGAGAUUGCUUUAACAGAUCCAAAACGUGCCAAAAGAAUUUUGGCAAACCGUCAAUCCGCUGCUCGUUCAAAGGAGCGCAAGAUGAGAUACAUUGCAGAGUUGGAACACAAGGUGCAAACAUUGCAGACUGAAGCUACCACAUUGUCUGCUCAACUAACACUUCUGCAGAGAGACUCUGCUGGGCUAACAAACCAAAAUAAUGAAUUAAAGUUUCGUUUGCAAGCAAUGGAACAACAAGCUCAACUACGUGAUGCCUUAAAUGAAGCUUUGAGUGCUGAAGUACAACGCUUAAAGAUUGCCACGGCAGAUCUGAACGGAGAUCAUACCAAGUUCCAACAGCUUUCAUUAAAUCCUCAGAUGUUUCAGUCUCAGUCGGCUGCUGCUGCUCGACUAAACAUGCAUCAGCAGUUGCACCAACAACAAUCGUCUCAGACCCAACAACCUCAGCAUCAGCAGCAUCACAACAACACUGCAACAUCAAAGCAUGACACAAAUCAAUAGCCUUUUGACGUACGGUACCCCCCCCCCCUCCAAAUUUGUCUCUGCUCUUUAUUUAUCCUCAAUUCCUUCAUUAGUUCUGCGUUUGCAGGAAAUAUGUCGAGGCACAACUCCUUUUUUACUUGUACACUCUUUGAAUGCUUAUUAGUUUCUUACUUAUAUCACACACACAUAUAUAUAUAUCGGCCUUAUUCUUAGGAGUAU